AUGGUGAAUACUGAAGUUCCUGUGGAUGCUAGUUCUAGUAAUAAUUCUACAUACGUUCCUGACUCCACAAGUCCUUUACUUCUCCACUCGUUUGAUAUGCCUGGGAUGCGUUUGGUGAGUACUCCAUUUUCUGGGUCAGGGUAUAGAGGAUGGAGAAGAAGCAUGAUAGUGUCUCUUUCUGCUAAGAAUAAAAUAGGAUUUGUCAAUGGUUCAUGCCCUAGACCAAUUACCAUUGAUGUUGCAAAGCUGCGUCAAUGGGAUAGAUGCAACAAUAUGGUAAUUUCGUGGUUAACUAGUUCACUUUCACCAACUACAGCUGAGAGUGUCCAGUACUCCGAGACAGCCGAGAGUAUUUGGAAACAAUUGGAGCGUAGGUAUGGGGCUAUGAAUGGUACUAAGAAACUCUGGGAUGAGCUGGGUACAAUGCGUAAGAAUCAUGGAAAUCGUUGCAUGUGUGCUGCAAGAGAUGGUAUUCAAAAGGAUGAGGAGGAGGAUAAGCUUCCUCAAUUCCUUAUGGGCCUAAAUGAACUGGUCCUAGAAGCUGCUUCUUUCAAUGUGAAUGCCAACAAUAAAGUUUUUCCUUUGAAUGUCAACAGUAAGACAUUCCCUCCUAAGCAAUAUACUCAGAAAAUGGAUUUUGAUCAGCCCAAGGGAAAUAUAUUUUGCAAAUACUAUAAAAAUCCUGGGCACCUAAUCGACAAAUGCUACAAGUUACAUGGAUUUCCACAGAAUUUCAAAUUCAAUAAAGGGAAAAGGAUGGCUGCUAAUGUGACUGCUGAAGUUGAGUGUCCUGCAACAGCCUAUACUCUACCUCAGUAUAACUCACCUCAACUUUACAAUGCUUUUGACCAUGAGGAACAAGCUUCUUCAGUACCUGGAUUGACAAAGCAACAGUAUGCACAACUUAUGUCCCUCUUGCAACAAACUCAAGUUCCUUCGGCUGUCGAUUCUCAAAUUAGCCUCAUGGGAUCUGCCAACUUUGCUGGUAGUACUUUCUCUUUGCCUGUUUAUAUUAAUGAUGAUUCUCAUAUUUGUUUACUGUCUGGUGCUAGUAGAAAUGUUUGGAUUAUAGAUAGUGAAGCUACUGACCAUAUGACCUCUAACAAAAACAUGUAUUAUAAUCUUACUCCACUUCCUACUCCUUACUUGGUAACUCUUCCCAAUGGUUACAAAGCAAACGUCAUUUAUACUGGUUCUGUUACCUUGUUCCCUUCUUUUACUCUUCAUAGAGUCCUAUAUAUUCCUAGUUUUCAAUAUAAUUUAGUCUCUGUUUACAAGUUGAUUCUGCAAAUUUCACUGCAUGGUUUUGUUUACUUCCUCUUCAUGCCUUUUGAUACAGGCUCAUUUCAUGAGGAAGCUUCUGGAACUUGCUCUCCUCUUUUGUCUUCUUCUCUACUUGUUUCAACUAUUACUGAUGUUGGUCUGCCCACUCCUCCUGAUUCCUAUACUAUCUCAACACCUAUUCCACCUUCUCCCAAUUCUACUGAUGUUGUUCUGCCUAUUUCUCUUGAUUCCUCUACUGUGUCAGCACCCACUACUGCCCCUUCAGCUAAAUGGUCUCUUUUUCAAUUGGAUGUCAACAAUGCGUUUCUUCAUGGUGAUUUGGAUGAGGAAGUGUACAUGAAACUUCCCCCUAGCCUAACAGUUGCUUCUACCUCAAAUUCUUAUUCUCCUCUUGUUUGUAAGCUUCAAAAGUCGGCAAGCCUCCCGACAAUGAAAUCAGCUUCAUCUACUGUCUUACUUGUUGUUUACGUUGAUGAUACAAUUCUAACUGGUGGUGAUAUUGUUGAGAUAGCUGCUCUCAAACAAUUCUUGGAUGACCAAUUUAAAAUCAAGGAUUUAGGCUUGCUUAAUUAUUUUCUGGGCAUUGAAAUUUUGUAUGAUGAGUUUGGGGGUGAGGUGCUGCCUAAUCCUCAAUCUUAUAGAAGUCUCAUUGGAAAAUUGAAUUUUCUCACCCACACUCGUCCAGAUUUAUGUUUUGCUGUCCAACAUUUAAGUCAAUUCCUCAAGUCUCCUCGCAUUCCUCAUAUGGUUGCUGCAAUGCAUAUCCUGAGGUAUUUGAAUGUCACACUUGAUGUAGGGGUGUUUCUUAAUGCUUCAUCAGAUUUUUCACUUCAGGCCUUUUGUGAUAGUGAUUGGGCAGCUUGUCCUGAGUCCCGCACAUCUAAAUCGAAGAAGCAGGCCAUUGUUUCUCUAUCCUCAGCAGAAGCUGAGUAUCGAGCUAUGAGUAAAGUUGUGGGUGAACUUGUUUGCUUGGUUCUUUUGCUUGCCGAUUUAGACUUGCCUAUCUCUGCACCAGUUCCUGUUUUCUGUGAUAACCUGGCUGCACUUCAUAUUGCUAAAAACCCAGUUUUUCACGAGCGUACAAAACAUAUUGAGGUCGAUGCCAUUUCAUCCGGACUAAGUUGGUGGCCAUCAUCGCUUCUUACUUGGCAAGUUGGGCGUGGUAUCACCCUCCAACUUGCGGGGCGUGUUGGAAUUACAUAA